UGUGUGUGUCUGUGUGUGUGUGUGUGUGUGUGUGUGUGUGUGUGUGUGUGUGUGUAAACUUAAAAAAAAAAGAGUUCAAUAAAUUAUAUCCAUCAGUUGGCGGUGACUUGAAGCAGUACGCCAUGAUUGCACUGCCAACGAAGCUGAGAAAAUUGGAGCUGGAGACAGACAUCUCUGGCUGGAAGGUGGCUGCCUUCUUCCGUAAGACGGAGGAGUCGGGCCAGAACGGAAAGUAUAGCUCAGCCUUCAAGGUGGACCGCCAGGGACGGGAGUUGAUUGAUCUCCAGAGUGACAUCCUUAUCCGUGGGAGGCCCGCUGAUGACUUUGAGGCACAUAUCGCAGCCAAAGCUAAGUUCGGGGAGGCCGAGUACAAGUUCCUGCAGAUGGUUGAAUACCAAGAGACAAAGAUUGGCGCAACCUUGCAGUUGACACGUCCGUUGGACAACGUGAAGCUGUUUGAGAUAGUGGCUCAGAGCGACUCAGAGGAGAUCAAGUUCCUGUUCAAGGUUGACAUCCCUGAGUUCAUUCUGCCGAUCAAGAUGGCCGCCCGCGCCAUGCGACAAGAUGAGGGCUACAUGGUCGAUGCCGCUGUCCUUCGCGGAGGCCAAACCAUCGUGAAACUACAAGGGCCUGUUACUUUCAUUAAAACACCUGAGCUCACAAAGCUUGCAACCAACAUCAAGAUCAACGACAUCUAUCAAUGGGUUUCCGUUCAUGAAUUCCAAAAAGGAAAGGACUCUUGUUUCAUGGAGCUAAAGAAGCAGCAGGAAGUGCUUGGGUCCUUCAUGCUAAACACAAAGUUUCUAGUCUCGCAGACACCGUCCCUGCAGGCCAGGGUGUACCUGCCUCGCCUCUGUGACGCCAAGACAGACGUGUCUAUCAGCGAGAGUGUUGUCCACGCCAGCACCGACCUUCUGUUGCUGCCCCGCUCCUCUUCCCCACGCAGAAUUAAGGCCUUCACCGACGUCAACUUCGACAGCAAGAAGGGCCAGAUGAUGGUGCUCUGGAACGCUGACCAUGAUUCUUCCCAAAAGAUUGCCGUAGACGCCACUAUCAUGCCGGAGAGCGGCAGUCAAACUCGUUCAAACAUAGACGUGAAGGUAACGGUCAUGGACAAGACCUACAACGUGAACGCUAAAGUGGAGGCGCCGUUCCUGGUGCGGCAGUACCGGGAAAGGAGCAGCAUCGAGAUGAACGUGGACACGCCUGCCGGAAAGAACUGGAUGCUGCAGAUGGGCAUCAAGAGCCGUGGUGACUACAGCGCCUUUGCCGACUUUACCUUCAAGAGCACCAAUAGCAACAACUACCAACUGACAUAUGAAUUCAGUAUGCAGCGGCUCGCUGGGUACUACGGCUUCCAGGCUGAAAGCGACAUGAGGUACAUCUCUCCAGAGAACCGUCACGCACGCUGCUAUGUGCAGGCCAAGCACGAGAGCAAUCACCAACGCCGCACCAUCCAACUCACGACGGAAGUCUCAACCCCGGGCAUGGAGAGGCCGAUGAAGAUGGUUUACUCAACUGAAAACCAGGACUGUUCGUACAGCACCAAGUGGGUGAGCGAGCUUAGCGGUCAAGAAACGGUGUUCAGCUGGCAGCUGGAAACCUUCCCCAUGGGCGGAGUUAAGACCUGGGACAUUGCCUUCGACAUGAAGGCUUUCAGAGAUGUUCUGAGGGCAGUGAGCACCAUGGUAGGUGUGCGAAGCGGCACACUUUUGCCCACCUCCGCCUAUGAUGACCAGAGGAGCACCUACCGUUCACAGUAUAGCCGAGCCAUCCCACACACACACUCCUUCAGGAUUGCGUCCCCGUCCCGCGACGUGGAGGCCGAGGCCACCCUCUCCCCCUCCAUGGCGGGCAUCAAGGUCUACCCGAACAGGGCUGCAGGCGAACACAAGUACGAGGUGGCCGGUGAGUACCGUGAAAACCAGUGGAGCGGCAUGUCCACGUUUGAAGGUCGAAUGAGUCAUCCAAGGCUGGACAAAGACUUGACAGCAGUUGUCGAGUACGCUGCUAGCGGCGACAGGCGACAGGGAUCAUUCGAACUGGACAUCUUCCCUGACACGGCUGACAAGAUCACCGGUUCUCUCAGCUCCGUCCUUUCGGCUAACAACACCGUCCUCAUCGAGGCCAACCUUUCCUCAAGGGUGUUGCACGUGAAGCCCAAAGUGCUGGUGGAAGCUUCCUGGGCUGCACACACUGCUGCCUUUAAUUUCUCCUUCAGUAAGACUCCGACCUCGGGGGAAUCGUUAGAAGUAAGGUCCAAAUACGACCAAAUCUCCAAACAUUACUCGGCGGUGACCUUCCUUUUGGCAACAGAAGGCCGUCCUGUGGUGGACGUGUCCGGCGUGGUGGAGCCGCGCCAAGGUCCCUCGUGUGACGGCUUUGCGCUUAGAAGCAACUGGCACACGUCUAUCCUUGGAAACUUUAUUGUUAACUCCACCGUGUGUAAGCCUGCCUUCCUCGAGGUGGCUAUAACCAAGGCCAGCGACCAGAACAUCUACAAGGCCAAGGUCGGUCUACAGUCACCCUACAAAGCCCAAAUCAGCCUUUCCGAGACAGACAGGUACAACAUAUGGGAGGAGUACAUGUCGAUCGUUGGCAUCAAACUGGAGACCCCUCGCCACAUCAAGAUCGACUUUGAGUACAAGCCUGAGCAAACGAGAGCUAUGAAGGACUUCUUGAUGAGUGAAGUGGAUCGAGUGAGUGAGGCGUUCUUGACGUGGACGGACCACCUCUACGAGGAGGUGAAGCGGCAGGCAGCCCAGAAGGGAGUUGACUUCCCUGCCGUUGAGAUAAGGAAGCUCGCCGAGGAGAUCAAACAGGAUAUCAUGAUGAUUUACACCAAUGUGCUGGACAGCGAUCUAAGGCCCAUUUUGGAGGACAUCAUGGAGAUCCUGCGCGGGCCAACGGCCACAUUCAUGAGGGAGGCGUUCUACCAGACCUUGGCAGACAUGGAACACGUGCAAAGGGAAUGGGCGAGCAGUGCCUUCCAGCAGAUAAUGGCACUCAAAAACUACUUCAGAUACACAAUCAACGAAAUAUAUCAAGCAACGGAGCAAAUCUCCCGCUGGAUAAACACGGGCGAGGAGUCGGAGAUUGUUCGUCGCAUGCUUGAGGAACUCCAACGAACAGUCUGGUACCGGCUAAUCAAGACCGACGUGAUCGAUCCUCUCAGGGAGAAGUACCCCCAGGCGUACCAGGCCUCGAUGGAGGUGGCGGCCAAGGUUACGGACUCCCUAAGGAAGGACUUGCAUAUGUUGAAGCAGAAGCUGUGGGCGUCGCCUACGGUGCGCAGCUUUAGCCUCAAAAUCGUAAACUUAUCCAAGGAGGAAACGCUGAAGUGGACUCUGGAGUGGUUGCUCAGCCAGGUGACGCAGCGCAUCCUCAUCAUCGCCCCCGAGCCCGGCACGUACCGCGUCGGCAUUCAAAUCCCGCUGUACCGGCCCGUCUAUUCUCUCUCGCAAGUGGUGAACAUGACCAUGCAAUCGCCGCCGUCGUUCACACAAAAACUGCUUCUGGCUUCAGAUCUACUCAGCCCCAUCCCCUCCAACAAGAUUUUGGAAACCUACUAUGCGUGGAUGCCUGCCAAUCUGUCCAACUCCGUUCCUCCCUUCAACCGUUUUGCCUAUGUGGUGGCUGACACGGAGCUCCUCACCUUCGACGGCGCUCUCCUUCGAGCGCCUCGCUCACGCUGCAAGGUUCUGCUCUCCUCUGUGCCCGGCGUGGCGUCCGUCCAUAUGUCGCACCCACAGCCGUCGGCGGCGCCCGAAAUUAUCUUCCAGGCGGGCCAAACCAAGGCUAUCAUCAAGCCCAACAUGGAAGUGAACAUUAACGGCAGGCCGGUACAAGGCGAGCAGACAAUGGGUGACAUGCACUUCAGAGUGACCUCACGCUACAUCACGCUCGCCUCCCCGCUGAUGGGUAUCCACCUGAUGAAGGAGGAGCGCGUACUAAUGGUCAACGUGUCUGGAUGGGCCUUCAACCACACCAAGGGACUUCUGGGAUCGUACGACAAUGAACUCAGCAACGACAGACUCAAGAGCGACGGCAGGAACGCCACAAACCUCCACGAGCUGGUGGCUUCGUGGCAGGAUGACCCGAGCUGCAACACUCCUUCCAUAAGCCCCAUCGACCCAGCACAGGUCCCCGUAAAGGAGAGCGUGCUGUGUGACUUCAUGUUCUACCUCAUGAGACCGUGCCGGCCGAUGGUCAGCCCCAAACCCUUUAUGCAAAGGUGUCAGGCCGAGGGUCGCCCAAUCGAGGCCGCCCGCUCCUACCAGAGUUUCUGCCUGAUGCAAGGCGCCCAUUUCCCGGUGUCGCUCUUCAGAAUGUUCUUCACUACACACGCAACACCCUCUCCGAUGACUAGACCUUCUGCCUAAAGCACAGCGCCAACUGCUCUGUGCGGCUCCUCUGACGGAUCUUGGCUACUCACAGAACACACUCUGAUCAUUACAAUCCAAGAUGUUGAACCGUGUAUUUAUUAUGAUGUAAAGAGCUUAAUAAACCAACACUGCAUUC